UGUAGAUCUGCAAACAACCGAGCCCAGAAGUGCAGGUUGUGUCCCGUCCUCUGCAUCUCUUAUAUCUCUUACAACGAAAUAUUUAAUGAAGAGUCGUCCGAACUGUGAAGACUGUAGUUGAGUGUUUAACACUAGAGGUUGCUGUUGACAAGUCUAAAGUUAAUCGAUAUAGGUAUGGUUGAAGUCUGGUAAGUUUAGUAAAUGUGUCUUUAUGCAUCGCUAAACUGUAUGUAAGAAGCUUUUGCUGAAUUAGCACAUGUGUUACUAUACUGUACGUUCUGACAGCACUUCCGGCUUGUGUGUAGUCAUUUAAAACAAUGUAGCUAGGUUAGCUCAGUGUGCCUCUUUAAUUCACAGUUUUUUUUAAGCAACUGUUAUGCAAUUUAAAUCAACAAUCAAAUAUUGGAUUGAUGCAACCUCUUACAUGUAAGCAUUUUGCUGCCUAACGUAAAAAACAAUUACAUUCUGAUAGUAUUUUUUCUUUAUUUUCUGAUAUUUUUAGGGGCAAAGUUGAAGAGUUUUUAGUUGCAGCCAUUUCCUUUUGUAACACACUUAAAUGCAUUGUUUUCUCAAACCUCCAGGCUGAACAUUACCUCACUGACAGAGCAUUGAUGGUAUCCUGUUCAGCUACAGUCCCUCACUGCUGUCUCAACAAUGAACUGUGGAAAGCCUCAAGCACUGACUGAAGAAUGGCAAGGUUUAGGCGCAAAUCUUGCAUCACAUUAAUUGCUUUGGUGUUGCUCGUGCUCAUAGUAACAGUGGUCUUAAAGGCGCUGACACCUGAGGACUCUCCGUUCGACAACCCUGUCGGUGAACAGCCGGUCCCGGAGAGAAGGAAUGAGAACCAGAUCCAGAGAGAAAAUGACAAUAAACUUGUCCAGAGCAAAAUGACUGACUCCGCUCAGUCAGACAAACUGGAGGCUGCACUGAGGAAGUUCCCUCCUCCAAACUACUAUCUCCAUGCCUUCUACUACACAUGGUAUGGAAACCCCAAGUUUGAUGGCAAAUACAUCCACUGGGACCACCCACAGCUGCCUCACUGGGACUUAAAAGUAGCUCAGGGUUAUCCACAAGCAAGACACGUCCCACCUGAAGACAUUGGGGCCAACUUCUACCCCUCUUUAGGGGCUUACAGCUCCAGGGAUCCCUCCAUCAUAGAGUCCCAUAUGCAACAGCUACGCACAGCAGCCAUUGGUGUCCUUGUUGUGUCCUGGUAUCCUCCUAAUAUGAGCGAUGAUAACGGUGAACCAACGGAUGACAUUGUGCCUUUGCUGAUGGAGGUGGCACAUAAAUACCAUGUUAAGGUAGCGUUUCACAUCGAGCCGUACAAAGGAAGAGAUGAAGUCAACAUGUUAACUAAUGUCAAAUACAUCAUUGACAAAUAUGGAGAUCACCCUGCCUUCUUCAAGUACCGGACGAACACUGGCAAGCUUCUUCCACUCAUCUAUGUGUAUGACUCAUAUCUGAUGAACUCUGAGCAGUGGGGCAAACUGCUCAAACACACAGAUAGUAACAGCAUCAGGGACACCCCGUAUGACGCCAUCUUCAUCGCCCUGCUGGUCGAGGAGAAACAUAAGAGGGAUAUCCUUACUGCUGGUUUUGAUGGUGUCUACACCUACUUUGCUACCAAUGGGUUUUCCUAUGGGUCCACUCAGCGAAACUGGGACUCCCUUAAAGCUUUCUGUGAAGAUAACAACUUAAUAUACAUUUUAAGUGUGGGCCCCGGGUACAUUGACACAGGCGUUCGACCCUGGAACUUCCAAAACACUCGAAACCGCAUCAAUGGCAAAUACUACGAGACCUCUCUGAGUGCUGCGUUACAAGCCAGGCCUGAUUUCAUCGCUAUAACAUCUUUUAAUGAAUGGCACGAGGGGACUCAGAUUGAAAUGGCAAUACCAAAAACGGGUCAGACUGUGUAUAUGGACUACCUGCCCAAUAAACCUGCAAUCUACCUGGAGAUAACUCGCAAAUGGGCUGCCAUAUUUGGUGGGGAGCGACGGAAAUGGCAGGAUUGAUCCCUGACUAAAAGCCAUAGCAAAUGUUAGUUCAUGGUUGUAUAACAUAAAUGAAGUUGUUGUAGUUGCAAAAUGCACGAUAAAAUGCAAAUGAUGAAUAGUUGUAGGAGAAAAGCUUAAUGAUUUUGAAAGUCACAGGCCAUUGAACUCAAUUAUCAUAAUUAUGGCUGCAGUGAUACGUGAAUUAUUUACACUUGGGUAAAUUAUAGUUAAUUUACCUGAUUUCUUAUUUCUUAUGUUUACACAUCCUUGUGUAUUUUGGGAAUCAUAACUUAAAACAGCAUGUUUUCUCACUGACUUCACCGUAUCCAUCUACAACUGUUCCUAGGCAUGUUAUGCCCUCCUGUAAUCUGUGCCUGCAUUAAACCUUAGAAGAUUAAAUAAAGUGUUUCCGGGAAAGAAAGGAAAGUAAACAAAGCAAUCUGCCAGAACAAAUCUGUCGUCUCACUCUGCUCCCAACUCUGCCUUAGCCCAAAAGCAAUAGAAGAAAUAUCACAGCGUAGACCUUGAUAUUUGCAAAAAUAAUAAAACAAAAAUGUAAGAUGACAACAAUGGGAUGACAGGACAGCAGUUUGGAUAUGUUAAGAUGCACAGUGCCCAGAGCAAGUGCAGGGAACAUUUAGAAGAUCUAAUGUUUGGAAACUUGUUUUGUUAAAAAUGUUUAGGAAUGGUAUUUACACUAUUCUACAUGCCUGUUACACAUUGUCAUAACGGCUGUAUGCGUUAACACGUAAACACUUUUCUGAUUA